AUGUGGAAGCGGUGGUGGAAAUUGUACUUCUCCACUACGGAGUUCCGUGGAAACGGUCCAGACAGGCAGGACUUGGGUUGCUCAGACUCCUCAGAGAUGAGGGAUAGCCCAGUAAUUUCGUCCUGCACCUGUUGCCACGAGCGAGGUAUAGCCUGUGACAAUCAAUACCCUCAGUGCUCGCAAUGUUUCCAGGAGCAACUACUAUGUUUCUACAUCGGCACGUCCGGAAAGAAGCGGUUGAGCUCACGCCGGAUGCCUGUGCAGACUCUGGAUGAAUAG